AUGUGUCGGUCGAUUGGCGAUAUUGCACCUAAGAUCUCCAUUGCCAACAGCGUUGAGUUGAUCUUGCGUAUUAGCAUUUUUAUGGGGUUGGAUUUUCAUGGACUUAGGACUGACGAUCGUCUAACAAAGUUUGAGCUUUGUGAAUGUAGUCUGUCCAAGUGGACCGUCCCUUGUCCGCCGCGAUCGAGUCGUCUCCUCCUCAACGAGGUUAUUGUCGGCUCUGAAGUCUUUAACUGCCUCAUGUUCGACCUUCUUUUUCGUGGGCCUCCUUCCAGCGUUUUGUCCUCCGAAACCCUUAUCAAGAAGUUGAAGGAUAUCUGGCAAAAGGCGUGUUCUUCGAAGACACCCCUGCGACUGUCAAACUACCUUUUCCUGUGGGCCACAGCCGGCUUGGAUGCGUCUGCUCCAUCUAUACAGGCCAAGCGUGAGCUGUCUUGGUUGAACGUCAGUGCCGUUUUGCCCAAUGCUCCUUUUCUUCUGCGCAAAAUCAGAAGUUACCCCUUUGACGCUGACUACCUCCGAUUUUGUCUUCAGACAGAACUGGCUGUAGAAAAAUUUAAACAUCUAGAUCCAGUGGAUUCGAACGGAGAGUUCAGCGAUUAUCGUUUCGGAUUCUUCCUAAUGGACAGCUCCGGGUGUCUUGUACCUUAUUUGGAUGGUGACCCCAUUCUGGAGUCUUCUACCAUAGCUGGCGUGUGA